CAAAGAUAAUUUCACAAAUAUCAGAUUAGAACAAGAAUCUUAUGCAGCUAUUUCUGCUAACAAAGAAGAAAACCCAUACUUGCAAGAUGAUAUAUCCAUUACUAAUAGUGCAGGCUUACAAGAAAAUAAUUUAACACAAGAAGAACAAAAUGGGCCUUUGUUAUCUUCAAUGGAAAUAGACAACAACAAAAGAAACUCUACACUAAGUAAAGAUAAGGACCUCUCACCUAAUCUAGUACUAGCACCUCAUGAUGAACUGGCUGCACUGUACCUUAAUGCAGAACCACAGGCAGAAAACAAAAAAUACAGAUGA